CAACGGGUGCCUACAGCUUCAUCUCCGGCGAACACUAAUAGCAGCUCCAGUAGUGCUACCGGCAGUCAAAGCGGGACGAUGAGCACGAAUCUCAGCAACAAUGCUAUGCAGGGUCAACAAGCAGAGCAGCUAUCUAAAACGAAUCUAUACAUCCGUGGCCUCAACCAGAAUACGACUGACAAAGACCUCGUUAAUAUGUGUUCUCAGUACGGAACUAUAACUUCCACCAAGGCGAUUUUAGACAAAAAUACAAACAAAUGUAAAGGUUACGGAUUUGUAGACUUCGAGUCACCGAUGGCGGCAGAGGGUGCUGUGAAAGCACUGGUCGCCAAGGGCAUCCAAGCGCAGAUGGCGAAAGUGGGUAUCUGGUUGCUCCGUAGACUGGACAGUGUACGUGGUUGUGCAUGCAAGUACAGACAACAGGAGCAGGACCCCACCAAUCUGUACAUCGCCAACCUGCCGCUGACCUUCAAAGAGAAUGACGUCGAGGCAUUACUCGCUCAAUACGGACAAGUUAUCUCUACGCGUAUCCUGCGCGACACUUCCGGCCAGAGCAAAGGAGUUGGAUUCGCAAGAAUGGAAUCAAAGGAAAAAUGUGAACAGAUCAUUCAAAUGUUUAAUGGAAAGGCACUACCAGGCGCAAAGGAUCCAUUAUUAGUUAAGUUUGCCGAUGGAGGAAACAAAAAGAAAUCGUUGUUCAAGAGUACAAUAUGGAGAGAAACCGGCGAAAACAUGACUUUAAAUUACGAUACAAGCGGCGUUGGUCAGAACGGCGUUGCUACGACUCACAUGCUUCCUGCGACAGCUCUGACACAGUACAGUCGUCACUACAGUCAGGCAUUGCCUGGUUACAGUGUGCCAGGCACCCCGUGGGUGGCUCCUUACCUCGUGCAUCCUUCCCCGCCACAUAUGCAACAGAUGAUACCAUCAGCCGAUCCUAGUAAUCCGCAGUACAGUAUGAUUCCGCAGCUUACUACGCAAAUGUCUACUUUACAUCUCGGCACUGGUUCCUACAUAGCGAGCCCACAUCCCUAUCCUUAUACGACUUAUCCUGCUCCUAGUAUCAUUCACACUAUGCCACUAGGCGAGUCGGAGCAGACGAGUAACGCAGCGUCCCCCGACGACUCUUAUCAGCAGUACCAGGCUCAGCAGCCUAAGUAGGCCACGGUUUACAAUAGAUGUACGAUCGCGCUAAGGGUUACGUGAAUUAGGAAAGGCUUACUGAUUGACACAUGAAAAUAUGCGCAGAAUGAAGCAGAGUAGCAACAGAUACGAGAGCGGAUUACACUAAGAAUAGAUUUGAAACAAAAAAACUACAUUACGUAACGAAUAAGAUUCUUCCUCACGAUAAAUUGACUUGCCAGCGUUUUUAUACGUUUUAUCCAACAGUAAAUAGAGGAAAGUAGAUGAUAUUUUGCAACGAGUAGGCAGAAUGAAUGUUGCGAGAAUGUGUAAGAGCGAAAGAAACCGAGCGAGCGAGAGAAAGAAUAAUAAUUGAAGGAAGUACAGGAAAACGAGUAUAAGAGCGAUCACGUGUCAUUCUCGUGGAACGGCACGUGCUUCCAUACCAGUAUGGCUCCGUUAAAGCUACGUGACGGUUACACGUACACUUUCAUGUAUACAUACAUACAGACACAUGUCCAACAUACAUCGUACACGACAGUAAUGAAAAAAAUCAAGUUAUUUACGAAGAACAGUUACUGUCAAGCUGAUAGGCUUCCAUGAUGUAACUUUAGAUGUUAUGUUUACUACGGACAGAUGACAGAAGCUAAUUGAAGCUAAUCUCGAGAGCUCGACAGUAUGGAUAAGUAUUUCAAUGAACGAGUGAAAGAGAGAGAAUGUGCGUGUAUGCGUUUACUAUAAAGAAAAACGAGGAAAGGAGAGGAAAAAGUAAUACUGCUCAGAAAUAUACAAAGGAGAAUUCUUCCCGAGGAAAUAAUAGUAAAUAAUAAUAAUAUACAACAAGAGAGAGAAAGAGCAAAAGUGAGAGUGAGAGAGAAAGAAAAAAGUGUAUGAAAGAGAAGAAGAGAGGAUGCGCUACUUUCAGGACGAUAUAACAUCGAGAGAAAAAAAUUCAGAGAUUCGUAAUUACAAUUUAAAAUCUCGGGGGAGGUAUUCGUUCGCGAAACUAGUAAAAAUACUUGUCUGCAGCUGAGAAUACAUACACGUGAACAUACACGAUUCAUCUUCCGUGAUAAUGCACUUCAUCCCAUUCGUUCUCUCGCGUGCAGAUUACAUAGGAUAUACGAAACAAAUAUACUACCACACCUUCAUCAGAGUUCACGUGUUUUUUCAGGUUUCUUUUUUUUUUCCUUUUUUCAUUUUUCCGCUUUUACAUUCAGAAACAUUCCACGCCGAGUAUAUACGCGCGCAUCGUCACGCAGAGGUAUUUUUUUUUAACGAAAAUACUGGUAGUCUAUCAAUUUUCUAGCGGUACCGCGCAUCUCUACCGCGUUGCGUUUCCUUGUUUUUUUUUGUUUUUUUUUUUUUUUUUAAACGUACAACGAACUUUUAUUAUAAAUAAAAUUACAGAGACAACCGGUGAAAGGAAAGGACGACGGUAAAAUUUUGUUUCUAAAAUAGGCAAGGGGAGGAAUGCAAUUUUCAAAAUAUAUUCCGUAUAAUUAUUGUACGAAAGACGGAAAGAAAAAAAUGAAACAGUACUUUUUAGAGCGUUAUAUUUACGAUGAUUACAAGUUAGAUACGGAUCGAUAUCAAUUUUUAAUUGUACAGUAAAUACAGAUAUUUUUUUUAGAAUCGUGCCUUUUCACACAGAUCCGUUAAAUGAAAGAGAGGAAGAGAAAGAGAGAAAUAUAUAUAUGCAGGAGAAAAUUGUUAUAAUAUAUUUUUACGCAUCGGUAAAUUCAGAUGCGGAGUCAAAUCUUAAUUUUCUAAUUAAUAUAUCUGUAAUUGUUUUUGUGUUAAAUAUCUCUAUACAUUUGUUUUCGUUGUCAAUUUGAUAGAUUUUGUACGCGUGAUUACAUACAUUAUUGAAUUGGAAUUGUCGGACUGUUUGAAAGAAAAACAAAAUAGACGCAGACAUAGCGGCAGUCCGUAAUAAUAAUAAAAGAAAAAAAGAAGAGAAAAUCUAAGAAAAUCAAAUCGCGACAACUCGAGAAACAGAAUGCAAGAUAACGAGAGAGA